AUGUACCAUGCAAAAAAAUACAUGGCAACUCGGCAGCGGCGCCGCCGGGAGGACUGGGAGGUCGACCCCGCCAAGCUCGUCAUCAAAGGCGUCAUUGCCCGCGGCACCUUCGGCACCGUCCACCGCGGCGUCUAUGACGGCCAGGACGUUGCCGUGAAGUUGCUUGACUGGGGGGAGGAUGGUCAUAGAUCAGAACAAGAAAUUACGGCACUAAGAUCAGCGUUUGCACAAGAGGUUGCUGUGUGGCAUAAGCUUGAUCAUCCAAAUGUUACGAAGUUUAUUGGGGCUAUAAUGGGUGCAAGAGAUCUAAAUGUACAGACAGAACAUGGGCAUCUUGGCAUGCCGAGUAAUAUCUGCUGUGUUGUUGUUGAGUACCUUGCUGGUGGUGCACUGAAAAAUUUCCUGAUAAAAAAUAGGAGAAGGAAGCUAGCCUUUAAAGUUGUGGUCCAACUAGCUCUUGACCUUGCCAGGGGAUUAAGCUAUCUUCACUCGGAGAAGAUAGUGCAUCGUGACGUGAAGACUGAAAAUAUGCUUCUCGACAAAACAAGAACCGUGAAAAUUGCUGAUUUUGGGGUUGCUCGAGUCGAGGCUUCAAACCCUAGUGACAUGACGGGUGAAACGGGCACACUUGGUUACAUGGCACCUGAGGUCCUGAAUGGUCAUCCUUACAACAGGAAAUGCGAUGUUUAUAGUUUUGGAAUCUGCUUAUGGGAGAUAUACUGCUGCGACAUGCCAUAUCCUGACCUCAGCUUCUCAGAAGUAACUUCUGCCGUUGUCCGCCAGAACCUGAGGCCGGAGAUACCGCGGUGCUGUCCGAGCGCCUUGGCCAACGUGAUGAAGCGGUGCUGGGACGCGAACCCCGACAAGCGGCCCGAGAUGGCCGAGGUGGUGGCCAUGAUAGAGGCCAUCGACACGUCCAAGGGCGGCGGCAUGAUCCCGAUAGACCAGUCGCAGGGGUGCUUCGCCUGCUUCCGUCAGUACCGAGGCCCCUGA